AUGCAUCAGAUCCGUGCUAAGGAACUUUGCCCUCCUGCACUCCUUUCCUACGCUCUGAAAAAUAAGGAACUGGACGUUUUCAACGAAUACAAAAGUGCCUUAUUUGAUGUAUGGGCAAAUGCGGCGAAUAAAGUAGAAACAACAUUCUUAAAGCCUAUCGAAAAUAUAUUAUUAACGCUGGUAGGCGGAGACCAAAGGAAAAAGCUUAUAAAAGAUAGUAUUGACCACGGGCUCAAGCUGGGCUUAAAAUUGAAGAAACAUGACGAAGACUCGAAACGUUCUGUCAUUCAGCACGGCGACUCAUGGACAAACAACAUAUUGUUUAGAUUUGAUGGUGGUAUACUGCAAGAAUCCAUAUUGAUAGACUACCAGAUAUCAAGAGUAUCUGUACCAACAUUUGAUGUAAUGUACACGAUUUUCAACUGCACCGACCAUAAAACUCGAUUGGAACAUUUCUACGAUUGGAUUGAUUAUUAUCACUCAGAAUUAGAGAAGGCCCUUGGUAAUUAUGGAAUUAAAGCAAACUACAUCUAUUCCAGAGACCAACUAUAUGCCGACUUGAAGAGAUAUGCUAAAGUCUUAUUUGCUGUGUCAUUAAUAGUAGCAAACAAUCUGGUAUUGAAUCCUGAAGAAGCAGCCAAGUUCAAGGAAUCAAUAAAGAAAUCAAUGGAGGAUAGUGAAUAUUCAGAUUUCUCACCAAACGAAGAGGAGACCAAUCUGCUAAAAAAGCGUAAAGUGGAGGAGCUUGUAGACAGUUUUGUGAAGUUUGGGUUAUUGUAAAGUGAAUAGAGAGUUGAGAAGGAGAGAGCCGUUUAUUACAACCUUUUACAGUGAAACUUCUUCAGAAUCGUUGUGAUUUGAAACUAGAUGAAACGAAAAUGCGUCACGAUAUUAGAAAAAGGAACAGCGUUCAACCAGUUGCAUGUUACAUUUUGCAUCCUUAUAUUCUUUUGUUAUAUUGUAUUUAAUAAAUGUGUUUGCGCCUGCAUAAUACCAAAUAUAAUAAACCUUAUAUUUAUACUAAUACUCCUGAUACUCUUUAUUUAUCCCAGUCUCUCGUGGUCUAUU